UUUCCGAACGCUUUUUAUUUUCCCUUUACAGACCUACCCACCCCAGCCGACUUAGGGUUUUUUGUUUUAUUUUCUAGAUCUCUUUAGUACCACUCUUUUUAUUUUAGAAUGCAAAUGCAAGAUGAAAGGCUAACAUUUCUCUUGCCUCGGCCCAUUUGGGUCAACGACAUGGAUGUCACUCACUGUCUCUCGUGCAACAAUGCGUUUGGAGCACUUCGUCGAAGGCAUCAUUGUCGACAUUGCGGGAAUAUAUUUUGUCACGACUGUUCCUCCCGAAGCGUACCACUACCUCAACUUGGUUACGGAUCCAAACCUGUGCGAGUGUGCAAUAACUGCUUUGAAGUGGCGUACCUAGUGACUUAUGCGAUUGACGAAGAUCAUGGAUUGACCACUCAGAUGCAUGGUGCUCGCGGUUUACUGGAAAUGACCGAACGAGACAAUGAAUUGGAAUUGCAUAAUAUGGUGGUUCACGGAGGCGUUGAUGCCCUGAUAUGGCUGUGUCGUUCCUCUAUCAAUAUCCAACUUCAUCACCUCAUUACGACAAUACUGGCAAUGCUCGCCGAAAAAGAAUCCAUUCGGCCCGUGAUUAUCACCAAGUGGGCAUUGCCUCCGUUGUUGCAUCUCAUUCGGCAUUAUGCGCAGUUGGACAAAGGCUUUACGGCAGAUUUAAAAGAAAAACGAACCUCUGUGAUCUCUUCUCAAUCUAGUCUUUCCGGCACCACGAGCGAUGGUACCGGUCCCCAUUCUGUGUCUCCGCACGUCAAUGGAGGCCCGUUGCAGACCGACACCGACCAUUCCGAAAUACGCCAGAGCAUGAUGUAUGAAAUCCUAAUUAAUUGCACCCACAUUCUGUAUCAACUGUCUCGUGCCGGCAUUCUGAGUCAGAAGGAAAUCGUAAACGAAGGCGUGUUUGAUGGAUUGCUUGUACUCUCCACUUUCGAACCCAUCAAUUCAGACGAUCAUCGUGGGACCAAGGUGGACAACGAAACCAUUGCUUCCGAAGAAGACGCUUUGAAAGAUAGAAUCACCAUUGUACAAAAUUUAGCCGCUAAAGCCAUUUCAGCCAUCAGUGCUUCAGUGACCACGCAACCGAGCAUCAUUGACAUAUUGAAAGGCAGCGACAAGUUACCUCAGUUGUUACGAUCCAAUAACGAAGAAACGAGGAAAUACAUUGCCAAAACAAUGGCUUACUUAUCCUUACGAAAUGACAAAUACAAGUCUUCUUUGCUUGAAGGGGAUGGCGCUCGAGCAUUGAUGUCCAUCAUUGCGCUUUUACCACAAAUGGAAGGCCGAGAAUCACCCAAGGAAAGGAUGGAGACGUUGAGUAUCUACAUGUCGAAAAAGAUGGAUAGCCUUGACGGUAUCGAACGUCCAUCCAAUGCGACCGGAGAAAACGUUACAGAGCAGAGUAUCCAUACAGCCACGGUAUCUCAUGCUUGCUGUGCACUGGCCAAUUUUGCUACGAACAAUGUGUCACAAAAAAAGUUGAUGGACCUACCGCUGUUUCUCGAGUACCUUUGCAAUGUUCCGGCUAUCUUCCCUUCCAAUGUGGAAAUUCACCGACACGUUGCGCGAUGUCUGGCCAACCUGGCAGCGCAUGAUGGAAAUACCCAACGGAUGAUCCAGACGGACGCCUCGGCAGGCGACCAGUUCAGUGUGAUUCCGACGUUGUUGGCCAUGGCUCAAAGUUCCAAUGCGGUGUCCGAUAUUCAGCGUCACAUUCUUCGAGCCUUGGAUAAUCUCAGUUCUACAGUGCCCUCAAAUUACGGAUCCUUGUGGCAUACGAGUUUUAAAGAUGCUUACGCUUACGUGUCGCAUGCGAUGGAAUCCAAUGCCGAUCCGGAUAUGCUAAAGCGGGCACAGAGUUUCAUGGAUCGUGUGAAGCAGGCACUUGAAAAUAAUGCCCCUUCUUCACUCACCUCAGCACCUACCGCCUCGUCUGUUCACAAAGAGAGUACCGAGGCGACGGACCAGGAGCCCAUAGAAGAAGAAUCAAUAGACGAAGAGCCCAAGCCUGAACCCAAGAUAGGACAAGGCCUCCCGACAAAAAUCACACCGCCACCACCCACCGAUACGAGCCCGGAUGAAGAAAGUACCGAAUCCACCGACCAUGAACCUGUAGAAGCCGAUAAAAGAGAAAAAACCAAAGGAAAGAAGGUCGCCUCCAAACGGCGAUUCAGGAAACACUAAAGAAAAAAGAAAAAGGGAAGCUCAAUAAAAACAGUUGUUCGGUGGAGCUGGAAAAUUCCUCGUCCAUGCCAUUUUUUUUCUUUUUUUACAUAUUCGGUCUUGAAAAUUCGGCAACCACGGGAGACUUUUUUUUUUUGGUUCUCAAACGCGCAUUCAUAGAAUAAAAAGGUCUGCCCAGUUUUUUUUUUUUUGUGUGUCUGUAACCUUCUAUUACCAUCAUGGCGCAAACCGAUGAUCGCAUACCC